AUGGACAGCAAAAGUGAGAAAAAGCUUUCACGGAGGCAGAGUUUUCGGCAACGCUGGAAAUUACCAAAGGCUUGCCCUCUCCGAUCGAGACACCAUGCGGUACCAAGGAGUACGGACCCAGAGGAGUCAAGGCUCAGUCCUAGUCCUCGUGUAUCGUCUGGCCCUGGGGAAAGAUCUGAACCAGAGACAAAAAACGAUACCGCGAGCGUUCUGGUCCAGGUUUCCGAACCUGUUUCUUUAUGGGAUGAAGCCUAUGAGCUUCUGAAGAUAGAGAAGCCCAGCCUUUUGUCGGAUUAUGAGAGCCUCUUGUCCCGAGUAGCUGCUGAAGAUACGAACGACUUGGAAGAUGCCAUCCCCCAAUAUGAUCGCCCAACCCGUCGACAAAAGCUAGAGCAGAUCGCUAAGCUCGGCUUCGAAAGGAUGCAAGAGGGAAAGCUCCAAGCGACCUUUUUUGGAAAGAAAAUUGUGUUGCAAGAAGCAAUAGGGACGCUUGGUAAUGGCAUAAGUUGGGUUCAGACCUACGCCAAAGAUGCACUCAAAGAUGUCCCCUACGCACCAGCUAUCAUGGCAUGUACGUCCCUUCUUCUUCCGUUGUUGACCAACCCAUCUAGGGUUGACGACGAAAACAAACAAGGGCUUUUGUAUGUCACAUCGCAAAUACGAUACUACAUCGAGAUGGAAACACUUCUACUGCCGGAUUAUGGGAAUCCUGGUGUCAAGGCCCAGUUAAAAGAGCAAGUGAAAGGUUUAUAUAAACUUGUGAUUGACUACCAGGUGCAGAGUGUGAUGAGAUUCCAUCGUAAACCCGGAAAGGACUACCUUCGGAGUGUGACCGACUGGGACGGUUGGAGCGAACAGCUUAACACAAUCAAAGAGAAGGAGAAAACACUCACAAUGCGACUUCAGGGGGCUCUAUCCGGGUUGAAUGUGCAGAAACUUAAUGACCUCAAACGAGAAGCUGAGCAAUCACGCAAAGCCCUUGAAGAUGUUGUCGAUUACACACGAAAGAUGGAGAAACACAUGUCUGAUGUCGAGUAUCGCGAUUGUCUCAACACACUAAAAGCUACGGAUCCUCAGCUCGAUAAACAACGCAUCGAGAGGUUUAAGGGGGGCCUCCUCAAGGACUCGUAUCAUUGGGUGAUUGAAAAUCAAGACUUCAAGAGGUGGAUGAAUGCCAGCUCUGGAGAACUACUUUGGAUCAAAGGGGGCCCUGGUAAGGGAAAAACGAUGUUGGUCUGCGGAAUCAUUGAUGAGCUCCCACAACUGGCUGCACCCGACAAAAACAUUGCGUUCUUCUUUUGUCAAGCUACCGUGGAAACCCUUAACAACUCCCCUGCAGUUCUUCGAGGUCUAAUAUCCAUGCUGGUGAAACAGCAGCCUUCUCUGAUGAGCCAUCUUUCUGAGGGUUCCUUCGACGGCCAUAAUGCUUGGUUCGCGUUGCAGAAUACUUUAACGAACAUCCUCAACGACCCAACAUUGAAGCCAACAUAUUUACUGAUUGAUGCACUUGACGAAUGCGUUAAGGACUGCCAGAACCUUCUUGAUCUGCUUGUUCAACAUUCGUCGACUCAUGAAAAUGUCAAAUGGGUCGUCUCGAGCCGGAACUUGCCAGAAAUUGAGGCAGACCUCAACCAGGCAACGCAAAUGAAACUCCAUCUAGAGUUAAACAAAGAUGUGUUGUCAAAAGCCAUUCACUCUUUUAUCGAAUACAGGGUCCAGAAACUGGAGAACAGAAGCGACGGAUCAGAGGGGAAAACCGACAUUUGGAAAGCUGUCAAGGAAUAUCUGGUUGCGAAUGCCAAUGGCACAUUUCUCUGGGUCGCCUUAGUUUGCGAGUAUCUUGCCAAAAGGUUUUACUGGGAGAUUCGGGAGAGGCUUAAAGACUUUCCCCCUGAUCUUGACAACAUUUACAAGCGCAUGAUGAGCCAGAUUAUCGACUCAGACAAAUCUGAGAUUUGUAAGUCUAUUCUUCGCGUUACCACGACCGUUCUCCGCCCCAUCACCCUGGACGAGAUGAUGGUUUACGUUGACAUCCCUGGUGAUGAUGAGCGGGCUCUUAAGGAUCUAGUUGGGCUCUGUGGCUCUUUCCUAUCUGUUCAGGACAACACAAUCUUCUUGAUUCAUCAAUCCGCAAAAGACUUCAUCAUGGACAAGGCAUCGAACGAGAUAUUCCCCAAUGGGAAAGGUAUGAUACACUACAAUCUUUUCUCCAAUUCGUUACGCAUUCUAGGAAAAUAUUUAAGACGGGAUAUCUAUAAUUUACGUGCACCCGGCUAUCCAAUCCAAGAGGUUAAGGUGCCAAACCCGGAUCCCCUGCGCGCAGUACGCUACGGAUGUGUCUACUGGGUUGACCACCUUGUUUCAUGCGGUACAAUGGAGGACACCACGAAAGCCACUGAAGAAGAGCGCUUGAUGGAUUCAUUUCUAUCUCAGAGUUAUCUUCAUUGGCUGGAAGCCAUGAGUAUUCUAAAGAGCGUUCCGAGUGGCAUCGCAUCCAUGCAAAAGCUCGAAAAGUUCAUUCAGAAUCGCAUUAAUGCUGACCCAGAGCCUCUGGUACACCGAGUCAGAGAUGCCAUCCGAUUUGUCCAGUACACCAAGGUGGCCAUUGAAAGGAGUCCGCUUCAGGUUUACUAUUCAUCUCUCAUCUAUAGCCCCAUGCAAAGCAUCACGAGAGGGUGCUACCACGGUAGACAGCGCAUAAAAGAUUGGAUUCGAAUAGAACCCGUGGUGGAGAGCUGUUGGAGUCCAUGUCUUCAAACCCUGGAGAGUCAUACCGACAGGGUCUGCUCUCUUGCUUGGUCUCAAGAUGGAAGUCGACUCGCUUCAGGAGCAUUAAGCUCUACCAGGAUAUGGGAUCUAGAUACCAGCGAGUGCAUGGUAAUCCUUGAAGAUACGCUUUCCAGACCUUCUAAUUUUCCGCUAUGGGAUCCCUCGAGAGGAGUGAUGCAUAUUCGAUGGCUAAAUAACAAUCGAGUCGCUUCGAUAUCAGAGUGUACUAUCAAGGUCUGGAGUCUAGAUACGAGGCAGUCUGAGUCGAUUUUCGAGGAAGGUUCGUACGGAUGUACUUCCAUGGCAUGCCCUGACAACCAACGUCGACUGGCCUUUGCGUCAGACAAGUCUAUCCGGAUUUUGGAUCUAGAUACUAAAGAAUGGGCAUCAAUACCGGAGGGCCACGCAUCUACGAUUACCUCUAUUGCCUGGUCUCCAUCUGGAAUCCGACUUGCAUCGGGGUCAAAAUACAGUGAUACUAUCAGGGUCUGGGAACUACGUGAUAUGGAGUAUGUCCUCAUCCUUGAGCGCUCUAGUGACUGUAUUUGGUCUUUAGCAUGGUCUCCAGAUGAACGUCACCUAGCAGCAGGGUCCUCCCAUACGGCUGUCAAUGUAUGGGACACCAAAACAAGGGAUUAUGUGUCACUCCAAGGUCAUAUUUCUGGUAUUAAUUCAGUAGCCUGGUCAUCAGAAGGGUCCCGACUUGCAUCAGGGUCAGAAGAUAGUACCAUCAGAGUCUGGGAUGUACAUACUAUGGAGUGCAUCUUUAUCUUCGAGGGCCAUCGUCACUACAUUUCGUCCUUAGCAUGGUCUCCAGAUGGAACUCGCCUAGCAUCAGGGUCCCAGGAUAUGACUAUCAAGAUAUGGGACACAACAGCCCAAUUCCAGUCAAUUAGCAGGGGCUAUGAUGAAAUUGUUGACUUAAUGACCUGGUCUCCUGAUGGAUCUCGGCUCGUAUCAUUUUCACGAGGUGGAGCCGCUCGGUUGUGGAAUCCAACUAGUGGUGUUCAGCUCUCAAUUUUUGGUCUCCCCGGGAUCGUGAGUUCGGAAACCGACUAUAUAUCUGAAGUUGCCUGGUCUCAAGAUGGAAAUCAGCUAGCAUCAGGUUGGGGUGAUGGAACCAUUCGGGUGUGGAAUCCGUCUACUGGUGAGCAGCUCUCGGUUUGCAAUGGCCAUACCCACUACAUUACAGAUUUGGCCUUCUCUCCCGACGGAGGUCAACUGGCCUCAGGAUCGGGUCAUGGAACCGUUCGCAUUUGGGAUCCGACUACUGGUAGGCAACUCUCUAUUUGCGAGCGUCAUACCUACAUUAUUCAUAAACUUGCCUGGUCUCCUGACGGAAGUCAGCUCGCAUCGGUAGGGUGGGAUGGAACCAUUCAGGUAUGGAAUCCGACUACUGGUAGUCAGCUUUCCAUUUUUAAAGGUCACCCGAAUGGUAAACAUAUUACCUUGCGGCUUACAGAUGUUGCCUGGUCCCCUAACGGAAGUCAACUCGCAUCAGUAUCAGUUAGUGGAAGAGUUCAGGUGUGGAAUCCAACUACUGGUGCUCAGUUCUCGGUUUUCGAAGGUCACUACAAGGAGUGUGAAUAUGAAGACGAGUCCGACUUUGAUUCUAAAGUUGCCUGGUCUCACAACGGAAGGCAGCUCGCAUCAGUUUCACAUAGUAAAGUCGUUGUAUCAGAUCCGACCACUGGCCGGUGCAUCUUAAAUUUCCCUGUUACAACCAGUGGCUUUCUUCGGUUCGAUAGCAUCGACCCUAACUAUCUCCACACUAGGCUUGGCACAUUCGAUCUGAGAGUUUUGAAAGGUCACUGGAAAGAUAUCAAGGACUCAAACCAGGUACCAAAGACAUAUGGGUAUGGCCUCAGCGAAGAUCUUUCCUGGAUAACAUAUGACGGAAGCAGGGUUUUGUGGUUACCCCCUGACCAUCGACCGCAAGCAUUCAGCGCAUUCGCUUUGUCAACCUUGGCUGUAGCCAUCAGCUGUGCAUCUGGUGCUGUUAAAUUUUUACAAUUUUCGAAGCUGAAUCCCCUCACGGAUCUUUGA